UUUACCACGAUAUCAGCCAUGAGUGAGCCCAUUGAGGUAGUUGACCUUCUCAAUGAUCUGUACACAUUAUUUGAUGCAGUCAUAGGAAAUCAUGAUGUAUAUAAGGUAGAGACAAUAGGAGAUGCCUAUAUGGUCGCAUCAGGCCUUCCUAAGAGGAAUGGGAACAGGCACGCAGCAGAGAUUGCUAACAUGUCCCUGGAUAUCCUCAGCUCUGUAGGAUCUUUCAAAAUGAGACAUAUGCCUGAUGUCCCUGUUAGGAUACGUAUUGGCCUCCAUUCAGGGUCUGUGGUAGCUGGUGUAGUAGGCCUGACAAUGCCAAGGUACUGCCUGUUUGGGGAUACAGUAAACACUGCUUCCCGGAUGGAAUCAACAGGGUUACCCUAUCGAAUCCAUGUCAAUCAGAGCACUGUGAAAACACUCAGAUCUUUAAAUGAAGGAUACCUAUUGGAAUUAAGAGGAAGGACAGAGCUAAAGGGUAAAGGUAUUGAAGAGACAUUCUGGCUGGUUGGAAAAGAAGGUUUUAGAAAACCGUUACCUGUCCCGCCAGUGCUGAAGUCAGGGCAAAUGGGUCAU